GACAGUCGCAGCUAACGAUAGCAAUAACUCUGCGAUCCCACCGAAACCGAAUGCCCUAAAUAUGGCGAUGAUUCAAAGCAACAUUCAAUCGUCUCAUUCAUUGCAAAUCAAACAAGAAGUCGACAUCAAGCAAGAGCCAGUGUCUACCUGUGAUUUGUUCGAGAUUUCGGCAUCGACUUAUCGCAAUGUAAGACAAGUUCCUGGUUCCAGCGGGUGUGGCGAUGAAUACGACUUUGAUUACUUGAGCUUGGAGGAGGAUAAGACCGAUAUAAAGACAGAAUGUGACAACAAGAAAGAAGAAGAAUCGAACACCAACGUUGCUUCUGGAGGAGGAGUGGUAGGAAAUCAGCAGGUGCCAAUGUAUGAUGGAAUGAUGCCAGAAAAUGACAAAAAUACACAGAACGCACAGAAACAAGGCGGCGACGCCAACGAAAAUUCAUCAAAGCCACAUAAAUGCGUUUUUUGUGAAUAUUCCACUUUGUGGAAGAGCCAUUUGAAUCUGCAUUCGUUGAAACACACUGGCGAGAAGCCAUUCGGAUGCGAUUUCUGCCUGAAACGAUUCGCACAGAAAAACAAUCUCCGUGUCCACAUGAAAGUGCACGUCGAAGAGUUUCUGUUCCAUUGUCCAGGCUGUUUGAAAGGAUUCGACGAAAAGAACGAAAAGGUGGCACACGAAAUGAAUUGCAAGGCGCGUCGCUAUGAAUGCCACUUGUGCAAGGAAUCAUUUGGAUCAAACAAUGCAAACAUGAUGAAACACAUUCGUGUGCACAGCGGUGAAAAACCAUUCGAAUGUGAAGAAUGUUUCAAGCAAUUUGCAGAAAAGAGCAGUCUUAACAGACAUUUGAAACUUCAUGCUGGCCCACGUCCAUUUCGCUGUUCGAGAUGUCGCCAAGGAUUCUCGCAACAAGACGAAAAAAGUGCACACGAGGGGAAGUGUAAUCGCCGUGUAUGGGAAUGCUAUGUUUGUGACAAGUUAUUUGGUUUGCUAAAAUUCUAUUUAAUGGAUCACAUGCGCACCCACUCUGGUGAAACGCCAUUCGAAUGUCAACAUUGUUCGAAGCAAUUCAAACAGGAAGGUGGUCUCCGCAAGCACAUGAGAUCUCAUACAAAGAAGCUUCCAUUCAAAUGUUCAAUUUGUCACCAAGGUUUCUCGAAGCAAACCCAAUGCAAAGUUCACGAAAGAAACUGCAAUCAACGCUGCUAUGAAUGUCACUUGUGCAAAAGGUUUUUUGAUUCAAAGAAAACGAAUUUAGAACACCAUAUGCGUAUUCAUUCAGGUAUGAAGCCGUUCCAGUGCGAGCUGUGCUGGAGCAAAUUUUCACAGAAAUCGAACCUUAAGGCACACGUUGGUCGUGUUCAUAGCAAGGAAUCAUCGAAUAAUUGAUCGAUCAAACCAAUCAAAUGUCCAAACAACUAUCACUUAUUCGGAAUCAUUAGAUCUUGUUGCGAAGUUUUUACAGAAAAAAAAAAACAUUUUUCGGCCUAAACUGCCAAUUUCAUUUUUAUUUGACACAGAACUUGAAUCGUGAUACAUUUAGUGAAGAGAAGAACAAUUCCAAUGAUUUAUGCCUAAACAUCAAAAUAAAUUCUAAAUUUCAACAUUGA